GAAUGUCAAGUUGGUGAUCGUAAUUACGAGGAAGGUGAAAUGGUUCGUGACAUCGAUUGGAAAACACCAUGCGAUAAUUGUUUUUGUGCUAUGGGUGCCGUCAGAUGUGUACCAUUAGCCUGUGCACCACCACUUCAAGGUUGCAGUCCAAUUGUCCGUGAUGGACAAUGUUGUCCGUCUACCUACAACUGUAGCGGUAGCAUCGAGGUUAAGGCCACCCAGAACUACGCUUCGUAUGCCUUCAUCAGCAAGGACUAUGCCAAGUUUCGCAAGGAGACCAAUUUUUUCCCUGCGAUCGACCGUACGACAACGAUUCCACCCGUCGAAGGACGAGGUCAUCGAAUAGUGGAGGAACGGAUUGAUGGUAGGACGAUCACCGUCGAUGGUGAAUCCUCUGUUACCGAAGACUCGACAUCCUGGCCUUCGACCUUCCCAACCGAAAUAAUGGACAACGAGAUCCUGAUCGAGACGAUGCCUUACACGAGAUCAAUCUUCGAAGCCAGUCUAUCAACCACUUUGAACGAUGAGAUAACCACGAAUACGGUACGCACGAUACCGGAUUCGAUUUUGUUCAAUAGAGACCUUAAUGGAACCACCGAGUUUUCCAGGACCUAUUCUACCAAUGCUAUUACGGAAACCUCGUUCGUUAUAGCCAACGAUUUACCAUCCUCCACCGAAGAAAUGACGACAUCGAUGUUCGAAUCUAUGACGGUACCAACACCUGACACCUUUUUUAACGUCUCGAAAAAUUACGAUUUAAAUUCUACCAUAAUGGAAGAAGAUAAAGCCGAUCAGAAAGACGAGAAGGAAACUACCACAGAGAUUAACGACGAAAUUUCAACUAAAUUAGAUAUUACUACGGUUAUUUUGGAAAAUGAUGAAAACACGCCAUUUUGGUUGAACGUGCAAACGUUUCCAUUUCAGACGACAGGAAAUAUCGAUAAAGGACCCGUCAGCGGUUCAUCGUCGACUAUACUCAUGCCGGAUGACAUCCUAGCGGUGAACGUGACAGUGAAGACGAAUGUCUCGGUAGGCCAUAUACAGGGUGUCACGAUAAAUCCAAUUAGAUCCAUCCCGCCGGAUGUCGAGGCUAUUCUGAACAUCACUCAUCGUGAGAAGGGUGAAGACUAUAGCGAGUACGACUACAGUGCACCGACUUUACCUCCGUCAUUGCCCAAUGUCAGGAUAAUUCCAUUCGUAGCUGCUGAUGCCUUGGUGAAAGACAAAGACGUUUCAUCGGCCGUCACAGGAUAUCCUUCCGGUUCGGUAGUCGUGCCACCUGAAUUGCGGCCAACCGACACGUCUGGCUUUUACGAUAUUGCCACUCAGGAGAACGGGUUCAGUCCUCCUAUCGAGACUGAAGGUGGGUUCGUACCAAGGGAACCACCUUACUUUGAUAGUUCCUAUCAUUCGACAGAUUUAAAUUUGGAAAUUGGUACAGGCGUGACUGUGGUACCGGCACAGAUUACCGGACCUCAUCGUAAAAACGACCUGGCCAGUAAUUGUCUCUUCGAAAGCCGAGAAUAUCGUCACGGAGAGAUUCUACCUAGUACCAGUAUUUGCAUAAUUUGCAUGUGCUAUUACGGGAACGUCGUGUGCUCUGGCGAAAAGUGUCCACCGCUUAAGAUUGGUUGCCAGAGGCUUAACACACCGGAGGGAUGCUGUGGAAAAAUCACGUGUGUGAAUGCCGAGGAAUCACCGACAGUGGUUUUAGAUCGAGUCGAUUCAACCGCACCUUCACAACGACAACCAAUCGUAUCUCCUGAUCCCUUUCGCGACGUCAUCAAAACGGAACCAGCUCCGGAUUUGCCUUCUCUCAUGGAAGACAUGAUCCCUUAUCUGGUUGAACACGGUAUCACAACGUCUAGGCCAACCACGCCAAUGACGACACCUCCUAUAUUACAAAAUCAAGGAUCAUCUCAACAUAUUUUAAAACAUACUUCCAAUUUCGAUUUCAUGGAUAAAUUACAUUUGAUUCAUCCACCAUACGAUUAUGGUCAAGAAAUCGACGUGUCUUUAAAACCACCGAAAAAUGGUGAAAACGUUAACGACACACCACUUAAUAAAUAUCCGACAUCGUUGAUUUAUCAAACGAAACAUGAUCCUGAUAAUUCGAAUAAUUACAAAUUGGAUCAAUUAAUUAAAGCACCGGAUACAAAUAUAUCUUCAUACGAAACCGAAGAAGAACUUUCAUUGAAGAAGGAUCAGGAAAUUCGCAAUCAGGACGUGAAUUUCUCCUUUAUUAAGAUGAACUCGUCAACGGCCUUAAACUCGACAAAGUUCGUUGAUAUUACGACGACGACGACAAGGACAACGACAACGACGAAAUACGGAAACAACGAGGACGAGGUAUCCUCGAAGAUCCUUGACAACGAAAUACCCGUAUCCGUGAGUAGUCUUCUUAAGUUAGCAGGAUGUAAUAUCUACGGGCGGAUGUACCGUGUCGGUAGGAUCAUUACCGAGCUCUCAAGUCCUUGCCGUGAAUGUAGGUGCACGGAAAUUGGAGUCCAAUGCAAACAACUUCGAUGUUGAUCAUGAUCGAUGAAUGAAACACACACACACACACAACAAAACCGAUACUUUAAAACUUAAAACAACUUUAACCGUUUUCUUUUUAUCGACAAAUUUUGUAUCUUAUUUUGUUUUUUCCUUUUC